AUGGUAUCCUGGGCUCCACAUGAGAUUGGUUGCCUCCUUGCAUGCGCUUCAUCGGACGGACACGUUAGCGUUCUAGAAUUUCGGGACAACAGCUGGACACACCAAAUCUUCCAUGCUCACGGUAUGGGCGUGAACUCUGUAAGCUGGGCACCGGCCGCCGCACCGGGAUCGAUUAUCAGUGCGACCGCCAAUACAGGCCAAAUCCGCAGAUUUGUGACGGGUGGAAGUGACAAUAUGGUGAAGAUUUGGGAUUACAACCCCGAGACAAAAGCAUAUGUGACGUCGAACGUUCUUGAAGGCCACACUGACUGGGUUCGCGACGUUUCCUGGUCACCAAGCAUUCUCUCAAAAUCAUACAUCGCCUCCGCUUCUCAGGAUAAGACGGUCAGAAUCUGGACUUCUGACCCAUCAAAUCCUAACGAAUGGGCCAGCCACCAGCUUCACUUCGAUGCCGUUGUCUGGCGCGUCUCUUGGAGCUUAAGUGGGAAUAUCCUUGCUAUCAGCGGUGGUGAUAACAAAGUUAGCUUGUGGAAAGAGAACCUUAAAGGUGAAUGGGAAAAAGUGAAGGACAUUGAAGAGUGA